UGCACGGAAGCAUGUCCGCCUAUAGUCACGUGAGAAUAGAUGGGCAGGCCCCGCCUUUCCGGCGGCUCCUGCCAAUCAGCUCUCGGGCCUGCCCAUCGCCUCCCUCCCGCCCUCGCGCCAGUCCAGCCGCGCGAUAACCUUUGCCCUUUGUCCCUUAGGGAUGACCUUUGCGCCGUUGCCAAGAUGGCGCUGUCCAGGCUGGGCUGUGGCCGGGGCGGUCUGCACGGGGGGCUCCUGGGCGUAGGGCCCGUUACCGUCCCCGCCAGCUGGCCGCGCCGGGUCCUGCGCGCGCCCGAGCCGGUCCCCGCCUGGAGGGCGCUGAGGCACCCAGCAUGCUGCCUCUCUACAAAGACAAACCCCAAAGCCAUCCUUGCUGCUGUCGUGUCACAAUUCAAAUAUGCCAAUGGGAAAUACGAGAGCUUUUUGGAAAGGACAUUCCCUCGCUUCUAUGUAUUGUAUUCAACUUUUCUGAAAGGAUGUCGGACAUUGUUUUCGGAAGCAAAGGAAAUAAGAAGAAUAAAGUUAAACAUGUCCCUUAAAAAGAUUGAUUUUCAUCAGCUUCCCUACAGGGAGAUGGAAAGACUAAGACAGUUUCGCAGGGACCUGAUCAAGGCCAUUCCUAUUGGGCUUCUCGCCCUUCCACCUUUUGCCAACUACUUGAUCUUUUUGCUGAUGUACUUGUUCCCAAGGCAACUGUUGAUACGCCACUUCUGGACCCCAAAGCAGCAGUUUGAGUUUCUGAACAUUUAUCAUGGUAUGCGGAGAGAGGUGUACCCAGAAAUCAUUGAUGGCUUAGAGCAGGUGACUCGUUUUAUAGCUGAUCAGCAGCUCCGAGACCAGAUGCAAGAGCUCUGCACCAAGGUGCAGAGCGGUUCUCAUCCAGAGGUGGCGAAACUCCUGGCCGUGAGAAGCUUGUUUGUAGGACAUCCUCUGGGUCUGCAAAGGCUGCGCGUUUGGCAAGUGAAAGCCUUGAGCCGGGUCCUGUUUCUGACUCCUCACUUGCCGAUCUUCGUCCUGAGAUACCGGCUGCGAAGCCACAUGUUGGAGCUGCAGCAUCUGGACCAAGCCAUGCUGAAGCUGGGAGUGAGCGAACUGUCUGAAGAAGAAGUGAAAAUGGCUUGUUAUGUCCGUGGCCUGAACUCCACCCACCUCAGCUCAUCCGAAUGCCAAAAAUGGCUGAAGCAAUGGGCGAAGCUCUCCUGUGAACUGAAAGCUAGCUGGAGAGGAGCUGGCCUCUGCCCUGCUUCCAAGAGCGAGAUUGAUAUUUCCCCUCCCCCAUGCCUGUGUCCUGAGUGUUACUGUGGCUUUAGUUAAAAUACUAAAUUCUGCCACGACUGCUGGCCAGAGUGAUCCUCUCCCUUCCUCAGAUGAGGCAGGAGAGUCUCUCAACCCAUGAAAUCUGUGCAAACAAAUGAACAGCUUUUCUUCUGGAAUCAUUUGAUUCUUGCUGGCCCCCGCUCAGUAUCCGCAGGUGGGGUUUGCCAAUCCGUUACCUGCUGCCAGCUCCUCCCUCACAACCUGUCAGGUUUCUGGGGAGCAGAGCUGGAAUUUUAAAACCUCAAGGAAUGAGGCAAAGGGUUUCGGACUCUGUAUCAUGGUGACACUGAGCUUCUCUUCAGGGCAGAACUGAGCUACUGUGUCCAAAGGGGCUUGGCCAAGCUGUCUGCCAUCUGGCAGGACUGUCACUCAGAGAAUGGCACAGAAAAGCUGAACAGGAGUGCUGGCAGCUGGUCCUGCUGCAGAUUGACAGGGCAAACCUAUGGAGUCCCUGGCAUGAAUCUGUGGCCCAGCUGCCAUGGUGGAGGCUGCAAUUCUCUCCUUGGGCUAGUGUUUCCCUUCAGAUGGGCUAGUGCAGAUGUAGACAACUUUUGCUUUUGUCAAACAUGCUGCUGCUCUCUUCCCAGCUAGCCUCAAGCACUGUUCUAAAUGUAUGGUGUGGGGGUGGGGGUGGGGAGGAGAAUUGUCCCGGCUGCAGGUUUGUGAUUAUUGCACUGUGUAGGUGUUGCCCCUGCCUCUUAGUGAGGAUUUGAUGUAAGAGCCAACUAGGAAUUUGUCCUGCCCAGCCAGUGCUGGUGAAACAUGAGGCUGACCUUUCAGCCCCUGCAUUGUUCAUGGGUGUAGUAGGGUUCAUUACACAGCAGGUGUACAGCCGAGCCGGAUGUCAGGAAAACUUGUAUCAGACCUUCUUGAUGGUGCUGUGGUGCUCUAGAGGGACAGAGCAGCUGGCACAGGGGCCCGGGUGAAAUGUGAUCCUGCACUGCUGCUGUGUCCCACCACUGCCAGUCUGUCAGCCAUCCAGUGAGCCCUUAUGGUACUUUAGCUGGCACCUGCUACCGUUUCCUCUCACCUCCAGAAAUGCCUUCUGCUAGGGCCAGGGGGUGCCUGCCAACAGUAACACACACAGGCUGGGGACUCCCGAGAGCUGGCUCUGGAGGUGUCCAAUAAACGUGAUUCUGUUUUCAGAUUCGGAGGUCUCGCUCCUGGCACACAGUAUGGUCUUACUGUCCACCAACUACCUCGGGGCCAAGGAGUGACGGCACAGGUACCGACGGCAACUGUCAACCUCUUUCUAGUGCUGGUGGUUGCAGCAGGAUAGUGGUUUUUUUGCUUGCAUUGCAGGACGAGGGCUGGACUUUAGCAAGAAACUCCUUGCUUUUUGCCUGCCGACCUAGCUCUAAACCAUACAGCAGCAAAGGGUAAAACCCUGCCAGAGCCGAGUGCUGCAAGCAUAUUUACCUUAGACACAGUCAAGUCCCUGAGAGCAAGAACUUGCUGUGGCUCCAUCACUAGGUGGUAGAGUCCAUAGUUUUUGAAUGUGUAAGACUGGCCCUUGCUGGGGCUGGGAAUGAUGCUGCAAUUCUGAGCCACGCAGACUCCAAUGCUCUUCUGUCAUUUUCCAAAAGAGACCACGCUGAGACACAGCCAGGAGCCUGGGCUGUGCUAUUAUAGCCUCAAACGGUGGCACUUAAAAUGUAAUCCUGUCCAGCGGGAGUGCUUCUCUUCCCUGGAUUUGUAAAUGUCCCCUGGGAGGCUCCCACUGGUAACUUAGAGCAGUGGGCAUUAUCUAGCUAGGUUCCUUGUUGCUCCAGGGCCCGUGAAGAGUCACCAGGCUGGAGCAGUGCUUUGUUGUUUUUCUUGUUACGUUGUUAUAACUUUAUUUACUAUGUUGUUUUAGGAAUAAGGUGAAUUUUACUAGGAGGGGCUGUGGGGGGAGCACCUUAGUUGCCAGGGGCUUUAUAAAUGACCUUGCCCCUUCGGCCAGUGAUAUGCCUUAAUGUUGAGGAUCCAUGUUUUGUUCAGUUGUCUUUAGUUCACAGCAGCACCCUGCUAAUGUUUGAGACUGUUCUUCUCUGCCUUAGCUGACUGCUAGGAAGAGAUAUAGGCCGGAUAGGAACAGUCACCACUUUCAAACUUGGCCACUCAAUAACUUAACCUGAUUUUCAGUUUCUGAGCCUCUGCUGAUUUCAGGGGAAGCUGGAGGAGCCCCUCUGAGGCUCAGGCCACUUUGAAAAUGGUGCCCUAGAGCCUGCUGCCAUCGAAAUAAACAGCAAACAGCACUUACCUGUUAAGAACAGUCUCAGCUUCAUUUUGUCAAUGGAGGGAUUUAAGUUCUGCCUAAUCAGUUUUUAGACUUGAACUUUCUGCUCAGUGUGAGGAUUUUGGAGCCAGAAGUUUGGUCAACUGGAGCUCCACCCCUGCACACCUGAAUGUCUUGUGGCAGAGGCUGCAAGUUGAGUUUAAGGGAUUUUUAAAAAAGUUAUAACUAGUGUCUUAAGUUAUUUAUGGCAGUAAAAAUGCAUGAAAUGUCUGUCUUAAAUCUGUGGUACCCUUACAUAAAUAUUCCAUUAAAGACAACUGCUAAGGAAAGGUCUCUGGUGCAUUUUUAAAAUUAGAGCCUGUGUGGUGUCCAGUUAGUCUCCCAGCACCUGUAACUCUAAUUAAGAUAGCUGAGACUUGAGCCCUGCGCUCAGAUUUUAAAGCAGCAUGAUGACAUGUCUAGGAUGACUAACCCAUAGGAUCACAUGAGCUGUUAAAGCCCCACUACUCUAUUUUUCAUAGACUAUGUCCCAUUAAUAAACCAGAGAAUAUUAAGCUGCAGUCUAAGUAAACAGCCUUUGUUUGUUUAGCUGGAAAUAUUAGCCGGCCUUCAGCAUAGACAGAGACCACAUGGCAAUUCCUGGAGGUGUGCGAUGGUUACUUCACAAACAGACCUCCCUUCUCUAAUCUGCUUGAAUUAGGGUCAAACAGACCACAGCAGGAGUUCCUGUCCAGUGGCUCGGGGUAGCUUAAACCAUAUGCUUUUAUCCCCUUUGAGAUGAGAACACAAGGACUGGAGGCAAGUUUGAGCAUUUAUUUAUUUUUACACUUAAAUAUUCUCUUUAAAUACAGCGUUAUCACAAUGAAAAGAACCUAAAAGGUCAAAAAAAAUGCAGAGGACCUGACAAGCUUUGGAUUCACACUGAAAAUCCCACCUGUAUACAGUGUGUGAGAGGAGACUGGAAAAGUCACUAUUUAAAUCCAAAGAGGAGCAGGGGCUAGAACCAAAAUGUCUCCGCUUGGGAACAGGCAACAGCUCAAUAGCACCAGAAGUGAGAUGGGCUGUUGGGUUUACGACAUGGCUAACAGAAGUGGUUGAGGAGGAGACAGUGCAGUACCAGCAUUAGUGUCACAAAGUGUGGGGGGGGAAGGGGGGAGGGAAAAGGCCAAAAUGCACGUUCAUUAGUUAUCUUUGUAAAAAUAGAAUAAAUCCUAUUAGUUCUUUGCUUAGCGCCAGAGCCCCCAUCCGAACUGCUGCCCUAGGCUGCUUCUGUAGUUUCAUUUAAAGCAGUCCAGCCUCUGGUCAUCCUCUGUAUUUCCACAUCACCAGAAGGCCCCAGCCUAGUUUCAUUUGCUUCUGUAACAAAGGGUUUGGAUACAAACCAAGAAGGGAACUUUAGUAUCAAAGAUUUUACCUAUUCAAUGUCACCAGGCAGAACCACUCUCUCUCUCCCUCGCAGAGGAGAGCUGCCCUGCUUCUCCUAGGAGCAGACGACAUGUCCAAAGCCCUUACAGAUACAUGCAGGAGUCAGGCUGGCAAAUGGCCAAUCCACAGUUACUCAACACCUGAGCAACACACACAGCCAGUUGUGUGAAGCAGAGGGAGUUCUCCUCCUCCUGGCACAGGUGACGAUUAUUCCAUGGGGGCCUGGGGAGUGAGAAGAGCUUUAGUCUUUACCUGUGGGUUCAACUAACCUCCUCCUACUCACUGGCAGCACCAUCUUGGAAUGCUGGGGGGGGAGGGGGAAUUCUCCCCGCUAAAGGCUUCAAAGGGAUCUACCAGGAAAAGGUGUGAAUGGUUCAUUCCUGACUCUGCUGGGUACAGGUCAGCCAAGGGGUGAAGCUCAGAGCGCUCAGCAGCUCUCCUACUGCAAGAAUGACUUUUAAAGCCUUGCUGUCCCAGAGGAAGGGGAUUGGCUGUGGAAUUAAGGCAACAAAAAUGGGGGGAGGGCAGUGUUUUGGCUGUCUACAGGAGAUGCCCAGCUGUGGGGCACCAAGUGCAAGAUUCAGCAGCCUGGUUAGGGACCCACUUUUGAAAGGACAGCUGCCCUGGGGGUGGGCCGGCCAGCUCCAUCUAUUCUACAGCACCCAACUUUAUAGCUCAGAGUGUGGAAUUUGGAAAUAGAGAAUUUAGUGAUUUCAUUUGUGCCCUUCCCCUAGUAACAAACCAGGGAGAGAAGAAACAUCAGCACCUGCACCAGUGUGAGCUGUUCUUGUCCAUUUCUCACAGUCAUGGUGAUGGGGUUGUGCUCAUAGCCCCAGCAGGCAGGCGAGGGGACUGCGUGGCUGAUGUUUAAGGAUACAUGGACACUGAGGCCAGAGGAGGUUCACAGUCUAAACCAGAGAGGAAAAGCUAGUUUGCUGACACAACGUUCGCUGCACCAGGAAAAAAAAAAAAAAAAAAGUCAGGCAGCAAGUGGAUUUUAAAUACCAGUCACCAAAA